AUUUAAGCUAUGUAUGGUUGCGUACAAGUUGUAUAUGCACUGUAUUAAUAAUUCAACUUUUCAUUCCAAUUUUUAUAUACGUUAGAACUACUAAAAUUUGGUCUGACAAUAAUUUAAAUAAAUAAUGGGUAAAACGUCAAAGGACAAACGGGAUAUAUAUUAUAGGCGAGCCAAAGAAGAGGGCUGGAGAGCAAGAAGUGCAUUUAAACUUCUUCAGAUCGAUGAUGAAUACCAUAUUUUAGAUGGUGUGACGAAGGCUGUAGAUCUGUGUGCUGCACCUGGAAGUUGGAGUCAAGCUUUAUCUCGUAGAUUACAUGAAACUUGUAAGAAUGAUAAAAAAACAGCUGAAUCUGUAAAUCCUAUAAUCAUUGCUGUAGACCUGCAGGCUAUGGCACCAUUGGAAGGUGUCAUCCAAAUUCAAGGUGAUAUUACAAAUGCAGCGACUGCAGAAGAGAUACUAAAAUAUUUUGCCAAUGAACAAGCAGAUUUAGUUGUUUGUGAUGGUGCUCCAGAUGUUACUGGACUUCACGACAUGGAUAUAUUCAUUCAGUCUGAACUGCUUUUAGCUGCUUUGAAUAUCACCACUCUUAUUCUUCGAUCUGGUGGAACGUUUGUAGCAAAAAUAUUCAGAGCCAAGGAUGUGUCAACAUUAUAUUGUCAAUUAAAAGUCUUUUUUGCUGAAGUCUCUUGUGCAAAACCAAGUAGUUCACGCAAUUCUAGUAUAGAGGCAUUCAUAAUAUGCAAAAAUUAUUCACCUCCAGAGGGCUAUGUACCUAAUGAAUUAGCCUCGUUCUUAGAGAAAUACAAUUCCACAAAACUAGCUUCAUUAACCGGAAUUAAUCGUUACGUAAUCCCAUUUGUCGUCUGUGGAGACUUGGAUCAGCCGGAUUCGGAUACGUGUUAUCCAUUGAAUUUUGAAGGCAAGGAAUAUAAAUAUCAUGAACCAACUCAGUUGCCAAUUUCGCCACCAUACGCGGAAGCCAUUGCAUUGGCUGAAAAGGAAAACGUUAAUCUAAAAAAAGCUGACGCUAGUAUUGUAAUUCAUAAUACUGCAUCUAAAUGUGAAUCUUCGCCGUGUAACAAACAGAUAACCGAGGAAGCAAAAAAUGAUCUAGCGACGACGCCCAAUCGGAAAAAAGAAGACGAAGAAGAUGAAGGUCCUAUUGAAAAAUUCGACCUUGUUGAAUCUUUUGUUGAUUUUCAUAUCAUGUAAAGAUCCUUAAUUUUGCAUAAAGUAAAAAUAAAAUUCGCAUCUAAAUAUA